AUGUUAAGCAGCCGACCCUCGCGCGCAUCGCUCGGUCGCUAUCGCCCGGUUCUCUAUAUUGCCACCGGUCUCGCAGCAGCGUAUGCCGUCCUCUUAAUCCACCGGCAUUUCUAUCCCUCCCCUCCUCCCCAGACUGGCCUUCACCGCCGAAAUGCGGUCCGGCGACCCGCAAGACGACGCGGCGAUCCAUCGUCGGCCGCACGCAAUCAUGCCGAGAUGUCUAUCUCAAUGGAAGCCAUACGAAGGUUACAGCAGCUAGAAACAGAAACCGAGCCGUACGGAACUUUCAGAGUUGAAGUUGAAAAUGGUCGCUCAUAUCAAUGUUCUCUAAUGCCAACAGAGUUCCCGACGGACGAAGAAUUGCAAAAUAUACUCGAUAUUGGUAUUGAGCAGGCAGUGUUGAUGCGCAGGAUGAUGGAAGACGCGUUUUUGGAGAACUUUUUCGCUUUUGAAUAUCCCCCGUCGCAUCAUGUGUCGGCGUUGACGGGAGAAUACGAGUGGUUGCAUGACCAGCUGCUGGACCUGGGGUUUACAGAACGAAGUGUCGUCCGAGCAAUCAGGAGGUUCAAUGGUGACGCCAAUUUUGGCGAGGAGUUACGCCAGAGGAGGAAUAAUGGCGAAGCAACGAGCCUGGCGAUCAGUGGAAAUACAAUAUUGGAAGCCCAUCGGGACGUGACAGAGAACGCUCCCGAUGAUCAAAGCCUGUUCUCGUGGCGAGACGGUAGUGAUGAUACGGCGCCUUCUAGAGAAGGACAGAACCUGUUGAAUCUCUUGUAUCAUAUUGCAGAAGAUCAAGCGAGACGAGAUGGAUAUAUCCACCGUGGUGUCACCUGCAAUAGCUGUGGAGUUAUGCCAAUACAGGGGAUUCGCUAUCGUUGCGCCAACUGCAUCGAUUAUGACCUUUGUGAAACUUGCGAGGCAAUGCAAAGCCAUAUCAAGACGCAUCUAUUCUACAAAGUGAGAAUCCCGGCACCGUUUCUUGACGCUCUUUGGGAUCAAUUUCGAUGUCUGGCGAAUGUGGAGUGGCCGAAUGAUCCGAAUAAACUCAACAUGGCGAUUGAUCGUAAGACAUUUGACCGAUGCUUUGUCCCAAAUACUUCCGCUCGACCUCCGCCACCUAGUCUUAUCUACGAUCGGAUGUUCUCCUUUUAUGAUACCAAUGGCGAUGGCCUGAUUGGAUUCGAAGAGUUUCUCAAGGGCUUAGCUAGCUUCAACAAUAAGAGCACGCAUGAACGAUUAAAACGGAUAUUCCAUGGAUAUGAUAUCGAUAGAGAUGGUUAUGUGGAAAGGAAGGACUUUCUACGGAUAUUUAGGGCGUAUUAUACCCUUAGUAGGGAAGUGACAAGAGAUUUGGUUGCCGGCAUGGAAGACGAGUUCAUUGAAAAUGGCACCUUGGAUGUCAUUCUAGGUAGCCAACCUGUCAGCUCUGCUUUUCCCGGGACGGUGACUUCGGGCGACCCGUCACGAACCGGUGAUGGCAAGCAAAUGGAUCUGCAUGGUGACAUGGAAAUUGUCGAUAACCAGGGAGUUCUACGAGAUGAUGGAGAAGACGAGUGUGAUAGGCACGUUGUGAUUGGAGACGCUGCCGUAAGGAAUACAUUCAGUACUUCACAAUCCGGAUGGUUACAGCCGUCGCCCCAGCUCCGGCCAUCAAGCUUUCAUGGGAAUGAUGUUCACGACGAAGACAAUGAUAGAAACGAUGCGUCAUCGGAGUUCUCUGCGGAGUAUGGUGAAUACCCGCAUCCUGAAGUGGUCCAACCGCGAGACAUAGUUAACGCCUUGGGCGCUUAUGUUCCUUACGAAGAGGUUAUGGAUCACCUUGACCGCGUCCGCAUCGGGACAUGCGUUAUGGAGCGCCUUAACUCUGAAACCGAGGACCAUAUCGAAAAUGUGAGGAACGCUGGUAUUGAGGAACGAUGGAGGCGACGACGCUUCUAUAUUGAUGUGGAAGAUGGUGCCACCGUCCCUUCAUGCUACCACGAUGAGGAUGAAGAUGCACUUGAGGAUACAGACGAGACAGAGUCACACGUUCCGUCACCCAGAUCAAGGUCAUCAUCGAAAGUCCGCUUUCAAGACGAUGUCACGGAUAACGAAUGUGAAACGCGAUCCAACUUGUCGACGUCGUCGCGGAGUAUCCCGAUUGGCGAGAGAUGGGGCGGUUAUGAGAUUCCGGAGGCCGAAAGAGACGUUGGAAAAGAGAUACUUUACCAGGUCACUCAACAGGGCCUGAAUGAAUUGCUAGACACAAUCUUUAAGCCCAAAGAAGAUCUCAUAAUGGAAGCUUAUCGCACUCGUGCUGAAAGGAAACGCUGGGCCAAAGAAAUUGACGAGUUCGCACUGGCGCAGCUCAAACGCCCAUGGACAGGCAGUGAUAAGCCACACUCCGGUCCCGCCGCUGAGGGUACAGGAGCAAAAGUGGAUGAAGUGCCUUCUCAAGAGGACGGCCUGGGAGAGUUCUUCAUGGGCUAUUCUGCGGUGCCUGAAGACCACGAACGAUCAGAUUCUCCGCAGGUCACGGAAAUCCUGCCCACGGACUUUGUGUUUUACACCGGUCCACAAAAUCGGCCAAAUGGCACUGAGACCGAACCUUUCCCGCUUGCCCCCGAAAACAUGCCCUUCGAGGUCGAGGAAAAGGAAGACAGUGACGAUGGUCGUGCAUCUCCAGCCCCGGAUCCCCACCCUCCCGCAAUUCAGACCAGACUCAGCAGAUUCUCCUGA